AUGAGCGAAGACUCAAAGAAGCACAUCAUAGCUGGAGCAGCAUCUCUAAUGGCGAAACCUCACCUCGAAGAUCGAAAGCCAUUUGUUCCUUCACCACUCUCUGCAUCGGCUUCUCCGGUACCACCGGCGACCAAGGAAGUCAUCGUCAAAAGCGCCGACACAUCACCGAACAUGCAAAAAAAGGCCUUCGAUAUCACCGUUCUCUCUUUUGAGAGGCACAACGUAGAGAAAGAUGUUGCGGAGACUAUAAAGAAGGAGUUUGACAAGAGGCAUCGAUUUUUCUUCUACUGGUUCUUUAGAGGAUACUUGAUUGAAGCCACCAGCAGCGGCGCCCUUCCUCAUGUUUAG